AUUGUUCAACUGGCAACAUGUGGGACCAAGUGCCAAGAUGGCUGGCCGCAUAUGCUCGCUAGCUGCGCUCGCGUUUUUUCUGAUCGGUUUGCUCUGCGUCAGCGAUGCUAGGAAUCACCGGUUGUCGCUCAAGGGCGAGCAACGGCGGUACUUCAGUGUCACCACAUUUGGCUUCCUGGUUGGCGGGGAGCUCAACAUUGAGGUUGAGGCAUUGUCGUUUGCGCCAAGCACCAACAGGGUGGGCUUCAGCUUGACAAGGACGCCUACUGACAGUGUCAACCCAUAUCCUGAUGGCCGUAUUGAAGGCUGCCCGCUGGAUGAAGUCAAGGAGGACAUGUACGUGCUCACGCUUGCCUUGGAUGCGUCUGGAAACAGAGAACGCCUGGUGCUGCGCUGCAACCGCAACUUCAGCGACCUCCCUGUGAGCCAUCAGGAGAACUGGCGGCCACAGCCGCGCACUGUGCGGCAGACGAGUGCCGUGCAGCAGCUGUUUCGUGCACGCCGAGAUGCUGAGGCUGAUGGGAUGCAGACAGUGCCGGGAACACCGCCAACUUCUCCCAAAGCUGCCCAUCCAACUGCAGCUCCCGUCGCAGCCGUGACGAUCACCCCGUCUGAGUCAACAAAGAAAGCAACCACCACACUGCCCUCAAAGGAGACAACCGUGGGCCGCUGUGCCAGCGCGAAUUUACCUGUACAUAAGGACAUGGUAGAUGGCGUUGCUGUCUACAGCUUCCAAUUUGGUGUAAGCAUCGACAAAGAAGCUCACGAGGGCCUGUACAGCCUGUAUUUCCACAACUGCCUGGUUGGGUCGUUGGGAUUCCUCAACAACUCUGCUAAUCUCUCAGUGUCCAUCUCGGAGCGGAAUGACGGCAGCUUUCUUUCGGCUGGGGAGAUCCCUCUGCCACAGGUCUACUUCCUCAUGGCCGUUGUGUUCUUUGCCGUCGGCUGCUACUGGAUCUACCUACUGCGCCAGAGGAGGCAAGAAGCCUACAAGAUCCACUUUCUAAUGGGUCUCCUUGUCUUUGUCAAGUCAUGCUCCCUACUGCUGCAUGGGAUCAACUACCACUUCAUCUCCAAGGAUGGCUCGCCCAUUGAAGCCUGGGCUGUGCUCUUCUAUAUCACGCACCUACUGAAGGGUGCCCUCCUGUUCAUCACGAUAGUGCUGAUUGGAACGGGCUGGGCUUUCAUCAAGCACAUUCUCAGUGACAAAGACAAGAAGAUCUUCAUGAUUGUCAUCCCGCUCCAGCUGCUGGCCAACGUGGCCCAGAUCAUCAUGGAGGAGAGUGAGGAGGGGGAAUCCCAGCACACCACAUGGCGAGAGGUGUUCAUCCUAGUGGACCUCCUGUGCUGCGGAGCCAUUCUCUUCCCUGUCGUCUGGUCUAUUAGGCAUCUGCAGGAGGCAUCGCAAACAGAUGGCAAGGCAGCUAUCAACCUGGAGAAACUCAAACUGUUCAGACACUUUUAUGUCAUGAUUGUGUGCUACAUCUACUUCACCAGGAUAAUCGUGUUUCUGCUGAAGAUCACAGUGCCCUUCCGGUAUGAGUGGCUGGACGAGUUGUUCCGCGAGGGGGCCACGCUCAUCUUCUUCGUGCUGACCGGCUACAAGUUCCGGCCCACACAGUCCAACCCCUACUUCCGCCUCUCCCAGGAUGAUGAGGAGGAAAUGGAGGAAGUGCUGACUCAAACUGGGCUGACGGAGAAUGUGUCCAAAACGCUGCGCAACCGGGACAUUCACGAUGAGAAGGGCACCACGGCCACCAAACGCGAGAGCAGCCAUGAGUACGACUGAGAAGGACAGGGGUGUCCCACCCUCAACCGACACACAUGCAAGCGUGCACUUUGCCACUGGUUGUGCGAGCGAGCCAGGCCAGCCUCUCCCGAUACAAAUCUUUUGGUGUCCCACUGACUGCAUUCUGAACCCAAUUCUCUUCGUUCCUCUUCUCCCUCUCUCGUUUCCUAUCGUGUUUCUUCAAGACAACACGUGUCGCAGCACUUUUUUUUUUUCUUGGCAUUCGUGUUUGUAGUUAUCAUGUCUGUGUUGCCUGCUAGGUGUGUCACUUUCAUCAUUCCUAAUUCUGCAUCACACUCAUCAGCUCAGUGUUACGAGCAAAAAGGAGUCCAGUGUGAAAGUCCACAUGCACGUGAAAAAACUCACGCAUGUGAGGCACACUUUAUCCUCCCCUUACUUUUUUGCAGGGGCUUCUUUUUUUUUUUUCAUUAUUAUCAAUAAUAUUAUUGUUGCCCCUAAGUGUUAUGUGCUACGAAUGCAUGUUUAAUGUUUAUGCACUUACUGCAUCGUGCAGUAUCCUGUUGUUUUUUUCCUUUCUCUUCCUAACUGUUGUAUCUUUAGACGAGGUUGCUGUAUUAUAUGCAGUUGAGGCGUUAACGUUGCAGCUUCCUAGUAUAUGUUGGCUACGCAUUCGAUGCUGGUGUUGCUGUAGUCUUUUUUUUUUUCCCCGCUCUUUCUCCGUGCCUUCCUUGUUUUCUUAUGUUAGUGUAUUGCACUCAUACGGUGCAUGGUACGUACAUAUUAUAAUUUAUGGUGCAAAGAAAAUUGGUAGGUCCUUGUAACACAUCUUUGUUUGGUGCCCCUCAUCUGUCGAGCCAGCCAGUGUUAGAGGAAUGCUUUUAUAUAUAUAUAUGUGUAUAUGAUAUGUAUAUGUAUAUGAUAUAUAUAGCACAAGGCUAGACAUGCUGCCUAGCGCCACAUCUGCCUAGUCAUGGGCACCAGUGCUAGAUGGAGGAUCUCACACUCCCUUUGUGCUUUGAUCUGCGUUGAGUUUACAGACGAUUUCAAAUAAAGUACACAAUUGAAACUACUGUGUUUCCUCCUGCAACAUUGGGCACUCUUCAGUUGAAUGUUUGGUAGUUACUGACGAGUGGUUUUGCUGCAUUUGGAGCAUUUGACGCACCUCACUGAAAAAUUACGCAUUUUCUUGAGAAAUUUUAGUAAUGUUGAUGCACACCAUUGCACAAGAGCAUGUGCUAUAUCCCUGGUGUAGCAUCUUGCUCAACAGCUACAGUUCAGUGUUUAUUGAAAGCUUUAUAUGGCUCAUGAGUGAAAAAAUCCGGCGCCCGCUGUAGGUGUGAACAUGAAUUGUAUCAAAAGUCAGGUGGGCUGAUCCCGUAGGUAGUACAACUCCGAGUGAUGUGCAGAA